GUAUAUAAGCCUCGGCCGGCGCACGCGCAAAGCUUGUUCGAAACAAACUCCUGCACAAGACGCGUUUCUGUUGUGACGUCACCAUUUCUGAUUUUUUUUUAUCAACCGAACGAACGAACUUUUUCAGUGUGUAGUGUGAUACUGUGUGGUGUUGCCGUGUUUCUAGAAAAAUAUAAAAAUGAGGCAGUUGCACACCAUAGUGGCGUUCUGCCUCAUCCUAGCUGCAAGCGCAGUGGAGAACAUCGAACCAAUAGCAGAAUCUGAGGAAAGAGAACCACAGACACGAGCUGAACGAUGCACUACAUGUGGAACCACAAAUUUUAAGUCCCCUAACCAGGUUUUAGCUCAUAUUCAAUCUUUGCCCGGCGCUGAAGUCCAUACUCAGCAAUCUUUUGAAGAAUGUUCUUCCGACAAAGGUUGUGCAGGCAUUAAAGUUAAAGAUGGUAAAGUCAUUGAGAGAUUCGGGAAUGCAGAUGCCUUUAAAGCCGCAGCAGCUGCUGACUUGGCUAAUGAAUUUCAGUUUCAUGUAGCUGGAAGUAAUGUCUUUGAUGGUGGGAUCCCCAAUGCAGGUCCUUAUUGGUGGAUGAGUCAGAAUUCUCCCUUCAAAGCUGGUGCAUCUGCAGGUGGUGGAAAUUUUGAAAAGUUCAGCCAGAGUUCCUCAAGCUUCUCUAGUUCAGGAAAUACUGCUGGAGGCGGUGCUCAGUUUGGUGGUGCCGGUGGUCAGUUUGGUGGAUCUGGUGGUCAGAUUGGUGGAUCCAUAGAUUUGUCAGCAAAUCCUUUCCUUAAUGGAGAGUUUUCGAAAAUUGCUGGCAGUUUCGGUGGUGGCCAAGAGGUCAAGCCUUCUACCUUCCAAUCUUCAUCAUUCGAGUCUUCCUCCUUCAGUACCUCAAAUAAAGGAGGUAUUGACUUGUCUAAAAACCCUUACCUUAACGCUGGAGCAAAUAAAUUCCAAGGAGCUGGCUUCCAAGCUUCAGGAGCCGGUUUCGCUUCUGGAAACCAAAACCAGAAUUUCGGUCAAGGAUUUUCUGGACAAGGCUCAUCUGGAUCAAAAUUCGCGUCUUCCUCUGGAUACGUGGGGUCUUCUCCAUCACCGUUCACAGCAUCUACAUCUGGAAAUAAUUUGAAUCUAAUUCAGAAUACGCAGAAGACCAGUGAAUUUGAUUUCGAACAGCAAAAUCAGCAGAAUAUCGAUGAGGUUUUCCAAGGAACAGGCAAUGUGCAUGCGCAUGAGCAUUCUGGUGGGGACCUUCAACAGACAUGUGCAGGACAAGGAUAUGUGUGUGUCCACAAGGCCCAAUGCAAUAAUGGCGUCGUCAACACUAACGGAGCCGCUGUCCUUCAAGCUAAAACUAAGAAACAAUAUUGCAACACAAAAACCGAAAUCUGCUGUCGCAUCGAAAUCUCCACUUUGUCCGGCGCUGGUGGUCUUCAAGGUUCCCUUGGAGUCGGUUCUGCCACCUUCCAAGGCUCCGGAAGCCAAGGUUCAGGACUUUUCGUCAGUUCCAGUCAAGGAUCUUCAGCCAGUGGAGCUAAUGCUUUUGGUCAAUCUGGACAAUCUGGAAUCACGGGACAAUCUGGACAAUCGGGACAAUCUGGUCAAGGACAGGCUACAUUUGGAUCUUCCGGCUCUUCAUUUGAAUCCUCGUCAUCGUCAUUUGGAAAUCGAAAUCAGGGUUCCGGAAUUUCCGGACAAGGCGGUCAAGGUGCGCAAGGUGGUCAAAGUUCGCGAGGCGUACAAGGUUUUGGUGUCUCUGGAACUUUUGAAUCAGGAUCUUCAGGCUUCAACAAUAACAACUUUGGUGCUGGUGCCAAUGGAGUAAACCGAGGAGUUACAGUAGAAACCAGUUCAUCAUCGUUCGAGUCGUCCUCACGAGGAUCAUCAGGAUUCGGAGGCAACAAAGGAUUUGGCAGCAAUGGCGGAUCAUUUGGAGCUGGAUUUGGUACCACAGGCACCAGUUUAGGCGCUGCUGGUGGUUCUGUUAAUACUGGUGGUGUUACGAACACCAACUCAGUUUACAAGCAGACAAACUUCAUCGAAACAGAUUCUUUCUCUUCUGGAAGUGAAGUCCAAGGAGUCUACCGUCCAGGAGCGUCCGGUUCAGGCCUAAAACCUGGCAUCCCCUAUCUACCCCCAGUUGACAGCAGCAGUAGUGGUUCCAGCUUCGUUGGCUCCACAUAUUCUCCCACCACUUUUGUGACCAGCCCAAGACCCCCACCUACCUUAAAGCCAACGUACCUUCCUCCUGUAGUAUCCACAGCAGCGCCAGGAUACUUGCCUCCUCAGGUUCCAGAGCAGUCAAUUAAUACUGAGACGAGAGUGCCAAACCCAUCCUACGAUGAGGGACAGAUCAUCUUGGACGAGAACAGAUUCCCAAAACCGAAACCAACAGUGCCUUUCAACAACGAAAUCCCAUCCGGCUGCGCUGCUGCCCUGAAGUGUACUCCGAUUGAGUACUGUACCGCUGAAGGUGUGAUCUCAAACACUACUGUCAUUCUUACUAAGGACCAGGAUGCUUAUAGAGUACCUCUUACUGACUGCAAAGAUGUGGAGUCCGGCCGUGUAGGCAAAUGCUGCCGUGACCCCUACUACACAGAUCCAUGGCCAACUAACCAGCUUGGCCAAUGGGUGUCUGGAGUCUUUGGUGGUAACGAUGGCAAAUACGUGCCUGAUAGUCGAGGAAGUGGCAGUAUCUCUAGGCCUCAAGUGACUGCACGACCACCUGUUACUGGAUCAACUGUUUUGAAUAAUUUUAGAACACCAAAGCCUACUCUCCCACCAUUCGGCCCUAACCAAGUGACACCAGGUUUCCCCUCCUCAUCAUCUUCAUCAAGCUUCGCUCAGAAAGGCCAAUUUGAAGUAAGAGGUCAAGGAGGCUUCGGUCAAGGAGGAAUUGGAUCUUUUGGUCAAGGAGGUCAGGGUCAGUUUGGAGUUGCUGGACAAGGGCAGGCUGCACAAGGCGGCCAAUCUCAAUUUGCAUCCGGAUCACAAUUCAGCCAGUCUUCAUCGUCUUUCGGUCAACAAAGAGGUCAAGGUCAACUUGCAACUCAGGGUCAAGGGCAACUGGUAACACAGGGCCAGGGACAACUGGUCUCACGGGGUCAGGGACAACUGGCAACCCAGGGUCAGGGUCAGUUCGCACAGGGAGGAAGAGGACAGUUCAGUGUUGGCGGUUUGGGACAAACAGAGAUUCAGGAAUCAGGUGCCCAAGGUCAAUUCACACAAACUCAAAAUCAGAAAAAUUUCGAGCAAACUUUGAUCUCCGGGCAGGGACAAGGUAUCAGCCAAGGUUUCGGCCAAGGAGUUCGCCAAGGACAAGGCUUAGCAGUUUCUCGUGGAGGUGGUUUCGGAGUGGAGAAUGAAUACAGCGAAUCUUCUCUGAGAGUUUUCUUGCAACAAUACAGUGCUGGUGGACAGUGUGGAGUCUUCAAUGGCCAAAAACCUUACGGCAAUCGUAACGAGCUGGAGGUAGACUUUGCGGAGAUCCCUUGGCAGGCUAUGGUACUUCUGCAGACCAACAAAAGUCUUCUCUGCGGAGGUGUAAUCACCAGGCCAGAUGUGGUUGUCACUUCGGCUUCUUGCGUUGAAGGUCUGGAUGCAAGAAAUGUCCUCAUCAAGGGUGGAGAAUGGAAGCUGGGAAUCGACGAUGAGCCACUCCCCUUCCAGAUCGUGCAGGUCAAGAAUAUCUUAAGGCAUCCCUUCUAUAAGACAGGUUCACUACACAACGAUGCGGCGAUCCUAGUACUGACAGAGAAUCUACGUCUCGCGAAGAACAUAUACCCUAUCUGCCUUCCUCGUGCAGGAGAAACCCUCGACGCUUUUUAUAAUGGUGCUGGAGAAUGCAUUAUUACUGGAUGGGGAAAACAGGUUCUGCAAGCUCACCUCGCGGGCAGCAUUAUGCAUAGCCUGAAUAUCUCCCUUAUCAACCCUGGAGAAUGCCAAGCCAAGCUACAGCAGGACUAUCCCCAUCUUCUGGAGCAAUACGACCAGGAAAGCUGUGCUUGUGGCCAGCCCACUAAUCCCGUUAACAAUAUUUGCAAGGUUGACAUUGGUAGUGCGUUGGCUUGCACCACGGGAGAUGGACACUUUGUACUACGGGGAGUUUACUCUUGGGAUUCAGGUUGUCAGCUCGGCAAUCAAUUGGCAGCAUUCUACAAAUUCGAUCUAGAAUGGUACGAAUGGGCAAUUGGUUUGAUCGAAAGCGCUAGAUUCGCACAAUACAACUCAGGAUCCGCCUUGUUGUCCCAGAACCGAUUUGCACAGAUCAACACUGGUCUUAAAGGUGGAUCUUUCGCUGGACAAAGUUCUGGCAUUAAAGGAGGAUUUGCUGGUGUCAAAGGUGCAGCUUCUGGAGUUAAGGGUGCAGGGUUUAGUCAGAGUGGUUUUGGACAGGGCCAGAGUGGUUUCGCGCAGGGUCAAAGCGGUUUCGGACAGAACCAGUUCAGUCAAAGCCAAUAUAACCAGUUCUCUUCGAGCGAAGCUGCCAACGUUGGUUCUUCAGGUUUCAAUGCUCAAAUCAAAGGGCCUAUAACCAAUAGUUACAGUGCCUCGUUUGCUGAGAAAAAGGUGUUCCAAUCUGAACCCAAAAUCGUUACCUUUACUACCAAGCCCGAGAUAGUGACCUUCACGACGAAACCAGAAUAUUUCACAUAUACGACUAAACCGAAACUUGUUACCUUCACUACAAAACCACAACUCAUAACUUAUGAAACGUCAGGUAGUGGCACGAAUCCCCAAUAUGUAGCCCCUGGAGUGACCUUCAAUCCUUCUUUUUCUGAAGUCGUUGGUACUCACCAACACAGUGCCAAUUGCAAAUGUGUGGAAGGAAAGAAGUGAAUUUAGUAAAUGUAUUGCCUGUAAAUGACGUCAUAGAUGUAAGGUUAUAUUUUUCAUGUGUUGUACUAAAAUGUACAAUUCCUCAUACAAAUUCAGUCAGUUGAUAAAAUACACGUUGAAAAAAUAAUGUUUUUUUGGUCUGACGUUAUCGUAGUUUUUUUUUGUAGUCAAAAAUAUUGAUACCUAUCUAUGACGUUAUUAUUGUAGGUUUUUACUUGCUUUCUUGUACUUUUAAAAAUGUUUCAAAAAUAUUAUGUCAAAUAAUUAAUAUGGAAGAUAAUGUGCCAUAAUUUGUUUUUCUUUUUUUCGAAAUUUUUUAAUUCAAAGGAAAAAUACUCCCGGUUUUCAUUCCAAAAUUAAAAAUACUUUUUUGUUUCGAAAACAUCCUGUUUUAUAUAUAAAAAAACACAAAAGUGUAAUAUAAUGUAAAACAUUAUUUUUAACUUUGUUUCUAUAAACAAUAACAAUUUUAUAUUCCCACGAAUUCUUUUUGGAAUGGACUCCGUUUUGUAAAGCAUAAAUUGACAUAAAUCCCGUGUUGAUAUAAAAUAAUUCAUAUGACAAAGUACUACAAAUCUUUAAUAUACUAAAUAAGAAAAGUUCUCACGCUGGGGUUACUAUUAAAAAAAAACAAAAAUUUUUCUAAUGUUUCGACCGAAAAACGAUAUUUUUAUUUAUAAAACUAAAUUCUGUAAAUAGAUAGGUUACAUUCUAUGAUCUAUGCCUAUUAUAUAUAAGGUGCUAACGAAUUAGGUACUCAUAUUUCUAAAGUCAUUUUGCAUCAGAAGGAUCAAUUUGCAAAGACUACCUAAUCAAUAAAACUUUUUAUACUUUAAAUAUGUAUUCAAUAUUUUAUUAAUUUGUUUUCACACUACACACACUUAUAACUGUAUGUAUAUAUUGCAAAGAUUAUGUAAGUAUUUAUUCGAUAUAAGAGUACAAACUGCAAUAACACGAUACACACAUAAGACAUAAGUAUUUACGUAGUUUAUUUUAUUUUCUGUUUCGGGGCGCAUACGUCCGUCACGCUCACUCACUCGGCUAGGGCCCAUUGAAA